GAUCUGGCGGGGUACACGAGAUGUGUAGUCAGUCCACAGUACCGACAAGAGAUCGACAGAAGUGCUUAGAGCAACAUGUUCAAACUGAUCCUUCUUCUCGCCACCGUCGCCUACGCAUCCGCCGGUAGUCUCUACUCCGGUUAUGGAGGACUCUACGGUUACGGCGGUUACGGCUACGGCGGCUAUGGCUUAGGUCAUGGAGCGGCGAUCGCACCUGCGGUCACAUACGCACACGCUCCAGUUGCGACCAGUUACGCCAAUACGUACAAGGUCGCGCUUGCUCCAACUGUUACUAAGCUUGCCGUUGCACCUGCCAUUACCAAAGUGGCGUACGCCGCACCUGCCAUCACAAAGGUGGCCUAUGCUCCAACUUAUUCGGCGCCAGCGGUGAGCUAUGGUCAUUACGGGUACACGGUUCCACCAUCGGUAACCUACAUAAAUAGUGGAUACGGAUACGGUCAUGGUCUUGGAUAUGGUUCUGGUUAUGGUUAUGUACCCAGUUACGGAUACGGCCAUGGUUACGGAUAUGGUGGAUACGGUGGAUACGGUGGAUACGGUGGAUACGAUGGAUACUAUCAUUGAUAGACCUACCAAAGCAACUUGUCUUCGAGAGCAACACUUUUGUCGAGUGAUAGCUGACAUCACAGUCGACGAAUCGCCACAAACUUUAUCAUCGGCUAUGUAUAUGACGUUUACAAUAUAUGUUUUCAUAUUUUA